GUUUUUCUCAGCAGUGAAGUGAGCCAGUGUUCAGUGGAGGUUUGGUCAUGUCUGGACUGCUGGGUGUGCGACUGCUGCUGCUGUGGGGCAGCGCCUGCUUCUGGCUGCUCGGCCUGGCCCAGGGGGCUCUGGUCAUCUCCGGGUACCAUGGAGCUCCGCAGGAGACAAGAGGAGCUGCCAGAUCAUUGCAGAAAAGAAGUGCAAAUGAGGCCACGGUGGAGGUGUACAGUGUGACAGUGGACUGCACUGUGACGUCACGUUUCGCCCACACCGUCAUGACCACCAAGGCUCUGAACAAAGCAAACUCCUCCCAGGAAAUCUUCUUUGAAGUGGAGCUGCCCAAGACCGCCUUCAUCACCAACUUCAGCAUGGAAAUUGAAGGUCAGGUGUAUGUUGGGGAGGUGAAGGAGAAAGAGAAAGCUAAGAAACAGUAUGAGAAGGCCGUUUCCUCUGGGCAGACGGCUGGACUGGUCAAAGUUUCUGGAAGAAAGAUGGAGAAGUUUUCGGUGUCUGUCAACAUUGCAGGCAAUAGUAACGUGACUUUCAUUCUGACCUACGAGGAGCUCCUUCAGAGAAAACUGGGCCAGUAUGAGAUUCUGAUUAGAGUGAAACCCAAACAACUGGUCCAGGACUUUCAGAUUGUGACAAACAUCUAUGAGCCUCAGGGCAUCUCUUAUGUUGACACCCAUGCAACCUUCCUGUCCAAUGAACUGCUCCCUCUGGUGGAGAAAACGGUCACAGACAAAAAGGCACACAUCUCUUUCUCACCAACUAUCGAGCAGCAGAGAAAGUGUCUGGGUUGUGAUGGAACACUCAUCGAUGGAGAUUUUGUCAUCAAAUAUGACGUGAACCGAGCAAAGAGCCUCGGGGACAUUCAGAUUGUGAACGGAUACUUUGUGCACUUCUUUGCCCCCCCUGACCUGCCCAGAGUCCCAAAGAAUGUGGUGUUUGUGAUUGACAGGAGUGGAUCAAUGAGUGGAAGAAAGAUGGCACAGACACGAGAGGCAUUGCUGGUCAUCCUCAAAGACCUCCACGAGGACGACCACUUUGCCCUCAUCCAGUUUGAUCACAAUAUCGAUUCUUGGAAGGAUUCACUUACCAAAGCAACACAGGAAAAUGUGUCUGAAGCCAUGGUCUAUGUCCAAAACAUAAAAGACUUAGGAGGAACCAACAUCAAUGAUGCAGUGUUGAGAGGUGUGAACAUGCUGGUCAAAGACAGGCAGGAGAAGAAGCUCCCAGAGAGGAGCAUCGAUAUGAUUAUUUUACUGACUGAUGGAAUGCCAAAUUAUGGAGAGUCUAACCCCCUGAAGAUCCAGGAGAAUGUGCGUUCUGCUAUUGGAGGAAACAUGUCUCUGUUUUGUCUUGGGUUUGGAGAUGAUGUGGAUUACUCCUUCCUGGAUGUGAUGAGCAAACAAAACAAGGGACUGGCCCGCAGAAUUUAUGAGGGUUCAGAUGCAACACUUCAACUUCAGGGUUUCUAUGAGGAGGUGUCCAGUCCUCUGCUUUCAGAGGUGGAUCUGCGUUAUCCUGACAACGCAGUGGACUUCUUGACCACCAACAACUUCAACCAGUUGUUUAAUGGCUCAGAGAUCGUGGUGGCCGGUCGGCUAAUCGAUAAUGACCUGGACAACUUCUUGGUAGAAGUGUUCGGCCAGGGGUUUCAGGAGGACUUCAAGGUGCAGGGUCAGGCCAGUACUGUGGACUGGGACGCUAUGUACCCGGAUGAGGAGUACAUCUUUGGGGAUUUCACAGAGCGUCUGUGGGCCUAUCUCACUAUCCAGCAGCUAAUGGAGAAGAGCAAGAGUGGUGCCCCAGACGAGAAAGACAACGCCACAGCCAAGGCCCUGGACAUGUCUCUGCAUUACAGCUUUGUCACACCUCUCACCUCCAUGGUGGUCACCAAGCCCGACACUGAGGAUGGACCAGACACCCCUUUCAUUGCUGACAAGCUUACUGAGGAGCAAAGGCAACAGGCAGAACGAGUGGCACAUGGAUUUGCAAGCUCACCAACGUACAUACAUUCUUACCACAAAUCACCCACAUAUUUUGGUAAAAAAAUAAAGUGGUCCCAUUCACAGAUCACCUCAAAAAGGCGUGUCUCGGCUGUGAAGAUGAGUCAGAGUCAGACUGGGGGAGGCCCACCGGCACCUGCCGGGCCUAACCCUGAAACGUCAGGCGCCAUUGCAAAAAUGCUCUCCGCUCGUCACUCUGAUCUCCAGCUCAAACUGAGCGUGGAUGGAGAUCCUCAUGUCAUUAUAGAGCUCCCUGACAGAGAAGACGCUCUGUGCUUCAACAUCAACAACAAACCAGGAACCAUUUUCAACCUGGUCAGAGAUCCAAAAUCAGGUAUUUUGGUCAAUGGCCAGAUCAUCGGCGAUAAGAAGAUUCCCCCUGAUGGUAAAAUUAACACCUACUUUUGGCGUUUUGGCAUUGUCCACCAGACUCUGGGGGUGAGGCUUGAGGUAAGCACUCGGGACAUCUCAGUCUUCCAGGAUGGAAAACUGGUUAAGCUUCUGUGGUCUGAUGCAGCUUCUCUCAAAGGACCCAAUGUGGAUCUUUCCUUGACCAAGGAUCACAGCCUAACAGUAACUCUAAAAGAUUCAGUCAAGUUUGUCAUCCUGCUACACAAAGUGUGGGAGAAGCACCCAUACCACCGGGACUACUUGGGUUUCUACACCCUGGACAGCCACCUCCUAUCCCCUUCUGUUCACGGCCUGCUAGGUCAGUUCUAUCAUGGGAUUGAAUACGAGGUGACAGACCUGCGUCCAGGUGAAGUCCCAGAGAAACCAGAUGCCACCAUGUAUGUGAAAGGACAGGAGCUCAAUGUAACCAGAGGCUGGCAGAGAGACUUCAGGGGGGAUGUGAAGAACGGAGAAAAUGUUCCCUGCUGGUUCAUUCACAAUAAUGGAACAGGCAUCCUUGAUGGAGAUGCAACAGACUACAUUGUUUAUGGCCUUUUUAAGACAGUUUAAAAAAAGGUUACACAUCAAUGUCUACCACAGAAAUCAUCCACAUCAAAUUCUUUAAAUAAAUAUUCAAAUCUGCCGGUAAUUACACCAUGAAUACUUUUAACAUUAUAAGGGAAACAGGCUUCAUAUCAACACGGCAUUGUAUGGACAAGUUCACAGUUUCUGUCAGUGUAAUUGCAGGAAUUAUAAGAAUCCCGAAAUAUUGAGAGGUACUGGGAGCAAUCACGUGUAUUGAAAUAAAUGGGACAGUUAUUAAAGAUGGAUUUACUGAUUUUAUUUCAGUUUAUUUUUCAUUGUUUCCAACAUUGUUUAGUAACAUAGAAAAGACGGUUUAGUUUAAUAUUUAUCACGUAUUUGCUUUGGUUUUUCCUCCCCUCCCCCGAGAGAAGUUUGACUUUAAGAACCUCUAUUAUCUUGCAAAUUUGCUAAUGCUAAAAUCCUUGUAUGAUGACAAUGACACACCCUACUUUAAUCCUGUUAUGUCUGAUCUGAGGAGCCAACUCAGUUCCAGGAUCCAAACUGUUUUCAAGCUGAUAAAAAGGUUUGUUACAAUUCA